GGCAGAGAGAAAGGCAGAGAGCCGGUCGGUCUUUUGGGCCUCAGAACCCGACACGCAUUUCAUGCAUCAGUCCCCCGGGGCUCAGCUUCCGCAGCAGCUGCCCCACCUGCGGGGCCCAGAGCCAGCCCGGUCCCCGCCGCGGGGAGAUGCGCCCAUCGCAGGGCCCGCCUGAGAGUCCCCUCUUCCAGCGAUGUCGCCGCUGCUGCUUCUGCUGCUGCUGUCCUUGCUGACCGGGGAGUCCUCCUUUUGGAAACCAGAGUUCAUGCUGCAAGUGCCAGAGCUGGUGACCGUGCAGGAGGGUCUGUGCGUCCUCGUGCCCUGCACCGUCUCCUACCCACUGAGAGGCUGGCACAGCUCUGACCUGGCUCAUGGCUACUGGUAUCGGGAGGAAGACUGGCCCGACAAGCGGCUCCUGGUGGCCACCAACAACCCAGAUUGGCCAGUGCAAGAGGAGACCCGGGGCCGAUUCCAGCUGCUUGGGGAUCCCCAGAACAUGAGGUGCUCCUUGUUGAUCAGAGACGCCCAGGCUGGGGACACAGCCACCUACUUCUUUCGGGUGGAGAGGGGAAGUUACGUGAGAUACAAUUUCCUAGAAAACAAGCUCACUCUGGAAGUGACAGCCCUGACGCAGAAGCCGGAUGUCUAUGUGCCGGAGAUCCUGGAGCCGGGGCUGCCGGCCACACUGGUCUGUGUGUUUAACUUGACCUCCGAGGGAUGCCCAGCCCCCGCUCUCUCCUGGCUGGGGGCUGCCGUCUCCGCCCAGGACGCCAGGCCCAGAACCUCCCACUUCUCUGUGCUCACCUUCACCCCGAGGCCCCAGGACCACAACACCGACCUCACCUGUCAAGUGGACUUCUCCAGACAGGGCGUGAGCACCAGCAGAACUGUCCGACUCCACGUGGCCCAUGCCCCAAAGGAUGUUGUUAUCAGCGUUUCCCGAGCCGAUGCACCAGCCCUGGAGUCCUGGAGAAACAUCCAGUAUCUGGAAGCCACCAAGGGUCAGUCCCUGCGGCUCCUUUGUGCUGCGGACAGCCAGCCCCCCGCCGUGCUGAGCUGGAUGCGGGAAGACAGGGUGCUUUCCUGGUCCGUCCCCUCGGACUCCGGAUCCCUGGGGCUGGAGCUGCCCGGCGUGGAGGUGGGGGAUGCGGGACGCUACACCUGCCGGGCGCAGAACACGCUGGGCUCUGGCAGCCGCACCCUGCAGCUCUCCGUGCAGUACGCUCCAGAGAACCUGCGAGUGAUGGUUUCCCAGUCGAACAGGACAGUGCUGGAGAAGGUCGAGAAUGGCACUUUCCUCCCAGUCCAGGAGGGCCAGUCCCUGCGUCUCGUCUGUGUCGCCGACAGCAACCCCCCUGCCAGGCUGAGCUGGGCCCGGGGGAGCCAAGCCCUGAGCCCCUCACAGCCCUCAGACCCAGGGGUCCUGGAGCUGCCUCCAGUACAAAUGGAGCAUGAAGGAGAACUCACCUGCCGAGCCGAGAACCCGCUGGGCUCUGACCAGGUCUCCCUGCUCCUCUCGGUGAUCUACCCCCCGCAGCUGCUCAGCCCCUCCUGCUCCUGGGAGGCCGAGGGUCUGCGCUGCAGCUGCUCCGCUCGAGCCCAGCCGGCCCCCUCCCUGCGCUGGCGGCUUGGGGAGGAGCUGGUGGAGGGGACCCGCGGCAACGCCUCCUUCACGGUCACGUCCAGCGCGGCCAGGCCCUGGGCCCACAGCAACCUGAGCCUCCACGGGGGGCUCGACCCCAGCCUCCGGCUCAGCUGCGAGGCCCAGAACGCCCACGGGCACCAGAGGGUCACUGUCCUCCUGCUGCCAGGUAAGAAGGGGCUCAUUUCAACAGCCUUCUCCAAAGGAGCAUUUCUGGGAACCGGCAUCACCACGUUCCUUUCCCUCUGCCUCGUGCUGAUCGUCGUGAAGAUCCUCAGGGGGAAACGGAGCGGGGCGCUGAAGCCGAGGCCCAGGGCCUCCCGGGGCAGCUCGAUCAUGGAUUACGUCAAUGUGAUCCCAAACACCUUCUCCCGGGCUCGGAAUCAGAGGGUCGACCCAGCCGGUCCUUCCCAGACCCCUCCGCCAGACCCUCACACCCUGAAAUCGAAGAACCCGAAGGAGCUACGUUUUGCUACCCUCAGUGGACCAGGAUCCAAAUCACUCACUCAAGCCCCAGAAUCAGAGACGAGCUCAGAAGAGCUCCACUAUGCUGUUCUCAACUUCCCAGGCCUCAGACAGUGGGAAACCCAAGCCGAGUAUGCAGAAGUCAAGUUCCACAGAGGCUCUGCCGAGCUUCAGGACAAGAGUCCUAGGCUAGGGAGAAAACCAGAGAAAUAAAGAGCGUGAGAAAAAGGGA